AUGGUUCAUUCAAAGCUUCCCUUGCUAGCGCUUGCUAGUUCAGCUCUUGCUGGUGUGGUCCAACGAGAGGAGUCUGCUGGAGAUUCUGAAUUUACUUCGACUCCAGCCUGGGCUGCCUCAACGCCUGGACCAAUAGAGAAAGACAGCUCUGCCUCUAUACCUCUUCCGCAUGGAUUUUCAGGCCGCCCACAAGGGCCACACUCGACAUAUGUCCCAUCUGCGCCAUCUAUGCAUUUUCCAGCACCAACGAACGGACCUCCUCCAUUCGUGACAGGGUUUCCGGGACAGGGGGAGUUUGCUCACACCUGGGACUUGGCUAGACCCUCAUCUAUUCCCCUGGAGUACAACCACCCAGGACCACACCAUUCAAUACCGCCGCAUGUAUUCAGUGAGCCAAAACCAUCGGAAAUUCACACCCCACCGCCUACCUUUAAUUCUGACGGCGGGGCGCCUCUUUACUCAUCAUCUGCGCAACCGCCAAUCCCAUCUGCUCAUCCAGAGUCUCCACAGGCUUCAUCCAGCAGCAAGCCACAGCCAUGCUUUUCCUUUCCUGCGACACCCUCGCAACCUUCGGAGGAUAUUCACCCCGUCGGACCAUCUGGACAGCCAGAACGCCCUCCUUGGUUUUACGGCCUUCUCCCUCCGUUUGACUUGGUUUCAGGGGAGGAGCCGGAGAGUCCUCAUGAAGGCACACCACCGCCGCAACCGUCUCAGUCUAUUCCAGGCGAGCCACCUAAGCCUCAGGGCAGCUCACCAUCGGAGUCGCACCCAUUUCCUCCUCCGCCGCCGGCAGGAGAUGAGCAAGGUCAUGAUCCAGUACCUGUUGCUGAUGCUUAUCCCACUGAACCUGUCACAAACAUUGGCGGGCCUUCGCCGCCUUAUGGAGCUGCUCCUUCAGUGCCAUGCCCCUACUCGACGGCGGGAGAACAUCCUUCAGGACCGCACCCUAUCCCUGAAGAGAAACCAACUCCACACGCUGAAAGCUACCUCCCAAGGCCACUUGUUAACCCCACCGGUCCUGAUAAGGGGGAACACAGUGAUAUCCCACCUCCUCCACAGGGAGCCUUGGAAUCCGAGGCGCCGAGCCCAACGGAACCUGCAGAAUAUCCACCUCGACCCUCGCAGCCGGGACCUGAGAUUACAGAGCCCACUGCAACCCCCGAGGCAGAGCUUCCUGCAACGUCAUCAACAACAACAUGUACCUACGCGAAGUCCAAGUCUCUUCAUCCUAUUCCUCCGCCGUCAGUUACCGAGACGCAGCCCACUAAGUCACAUCGCAUCUAUGGUACCCCCCCAAGCAAUCCUCCCGUGCCAACGGAGAAUGCUGCAGAGAAGACACCUAGUUCACAGUCUAUCCCAGAACCACCAUCUAAUACUGAUAUUACUGGUGCUGAACCGUCUGAUGUUCGUUUAUCAAGUUUUGCACCAGCUUCACUCAAGACAUCGAUCCCUGUUGGUGUGCUUGUAGGGGCAUUGAGUGUCUUGGCGUUUUCUCUAGGUCUAUAA